AUGGUAGAUAAUGGUCUGAAGAAGAAGGGGAAGACUAGAGCUCAGAAGAAGAAGAAAUAUGGAAAUUCAAUGAAUGAGGAGAUUGAGGAAAGCAAAUUCAUGCCUGCUCUACCUUUCCCUGAGAAGCAGAGAAGAGAGAAGUUGGACAAACAAAUGCCAGCCUAUGCUAAGUUCCUAAAGGAGAUAUUAUCCAAAAAGCGGAAAGUGGAAGAGACAUCAGUUGUCAAGAUCACAGAGCAUUGUGCUUCUAUUAAUCUUAUGACUUUGUCUAUUUUUAGGAAAUUGGAGGGAGAGAUUGGAGAAAUAAGGUCGAUACCCUUGUCCUUGCAGCUGGUGGAUCAGACCACAAUCAUACUUGAAGUAAUAGUGGAAGAUAUGCUAGUUCGGGUGGACAAAAUUGUGUUCCCUAUGGACUUCAUUCUGGUAAACAUGGAAGAGAAUAGAGAAGUCCCUCCGAUUUUAGGGAGACCCUUCUUGGCUACUGGCAGGGCUAUUCAGGACAUUAAGGAAAGGCAGCUCAUGCUCAGAGUGGGAGAAGAAAGGGUGGUCUUCAAGGAAGGAGAAAUGGGGGCCUUAAAAAAGCGAGCUGGAGAGAGUAAGCAUGAUAAGUGUGGAGUGUACCCAAAGAAGGCAUAA